AAAAAGCCUACGACGCGCGCCCCUCACAAGCUCCCACGCCAAGCUAAAAUGAUCCUCACAACAUGCCCCGCCUGCGCCGCCCCACUGGCCCACACCGCGCCGCGAUGCGUGCGAUGCUCGACGAGAUACUGUAACAAGACUUGCCAGCACGACCACUGGCGCCGCGGCCACAAGCAGAUCUGCAAGAAAAUACACCGCGGCGGCAACGCGGAACUCUAUUAUGCGAACAAAAAAUACAAGGAGGCCGUCGCGGUCGCGGCCGAGGCGUGCGCGGACGACACGAAGGGCCAGACGUGCUUCAUCUGCACCCAGGCCUUGCACUGGAAGACGAAGGAGGGCCUCGUGCGCGGGUGUGCGUGCCGCGGGACGGCGGGGUUCUCGCAUGUUUCUUGUCUGGCGGAACAGGCAAAGAUUUUGUUCGCGGAGGCCGAGGAGAACAAUUUGGGCGACAAUGCGUUUGAUGAGAGGUGGGACCGGUGGUUCUCGUGUAGUCUGUGUGAGCAAGAGUAUCACGGCGUCACGCGAUGUGCACUCGGAUGGGCCUGCUGGAAAACGUACGUGGGGCGGCCUGAGGGCGACUGGGCUCGGGGAGCCGCGAUGAUGGCGCUUGGGAACGGUUUAUACAAUGCAAAACACUACGAGGACGCGUUUGCCGUGAAAGAGGCCGAAUUGGCUAUGCUGCGGCGACUUGGCGACUCAGAAGAAAACAUUCUCAUCGUGCAGGGCAAUCUUGCAUGUACGUAUGGAGAGCUUAAACGGCUUGAUGAGGCCCUGUCCCUGCGACGAGACGUAUACUCAAGACGUUUGAAAUUAAAUGGCGAGGAACACAGUUCAACCAUCCGAGCGGCCAACAACUACGCGUCGUCCCUUCUUGGUCAAAAGCGCUUCGAAGAAGCCAAGGCACUGUUCCGCAGAACGAUACCCGUGGCGCGACGCGUUCUUGGAGAUCACAAUGACCUCACGCUCUUGAUGAGGAGACUUUACGCUGUGGCACUCUGCAACGACCCCGGCGCCACGCUCGAUGAUCUCCGGGAGGCCAUAGAGACGUUCGAGGAGACGGGCCGGAUCGCGCGGCGCGUGCUCGGGAGCGCGCAUCCGCUCACAAAAAAAAUCGAGAAUGCCCUACGACAGUCGCGAGCCGCGCUCCGCGCCUGCGAGACGCCGUCCGCUGGGUAA